UGGGCGCUCUUGGCGGCCCUGCGCGUUCCCGGGGCGCGAUUCGGAGGACACGCGCGGAGCGGGCCUGCUCGUGCUGCCACCGGCCCUUCGCGGCUUUGUGCGCUAACAUCACGCACGUUCCCCGGCGGUGUGCGGCUCGCGCGCACCUCCGCUCGCACCGAUGGCAGCGACGGCGCCGCUCGCGCGUCUCGUCGUUAGGGCGCGUGUGCAAAGAGCUCGGCGAACGCGCGCGCUCUCCCGCGCGAACUAGCGACAGUGCGCGAGGAGCCGCGUGCGUAGCUUCGUUCGCAGCCGAGGACGACUAGACACCUGGACGGAGAGGAGGACAGAUCCGCUCGCGCAGCGCUCAUGGAGUUCCCGGGACACUUUGAGCAGGUCUUCCGGCAGCUCAACCACCAGCGCGUGCAGGGGCAGCUGUGCGACUGCGUGAUCGCCGUGGGCAGCCGGCACUUCAGGGCGCACCGCUCGGUGCUGGCGGCCUGCAGCACGCACUUCCGCGCGCUCUUUACGGCGGCAGAGGGCGACGGCAGCGUGAGCGUGAUCCAGCUGGACGGCGAGGUGGUGACGCCGGAGGCUUUCGCCGCCCUGGUCGACAUGAUGUACACCUCCACGCUCAUGCUGGGUAAGAGCAACGUCAUGGACGUGUUGCUGGCUGCUUCGCAUCUGCACCUAAACGCCGUGGUGAAAGCCUGCAAGCGCUACCUGACCACCCGCGCACUGUCCAAUAGGGACGUGCGCCGUCAGCCGGAGCUCCGGCAGGCCCCCGCUGCCGGCCCCAGGUUCCUGCAGCCGCAUCUCGGCUCGGCGGGUUCUGCCCCGGGGCGGCUGGACAAGGGCGUCGCCCCACAAGGGGUGGUGCAGCAAGCCUCUGUUCCCAUCCGGCGCAUCCACAAGCGCAAGCAGCCCUCGGUGCCGCCGGCCCCCAAAGACGGAGCCGGACUCUGGCCCCGGCUCUCUGUGGCCCCAGCGGAAGAGGGCGGGACACUGGGUGAGGAGCCGGAGAGCGGCGUGGGUGGGGACGGCAGCGGCGGGCAGAAGGACGGGGAGGGGCCAUCGCAGGAGGACGUGCAGGUGCCCAGCCAGUCGGACGGGGGGUGCGGGGGUGAUGAGCGGUGGCGGGGCAAGGUGGAGCUCCCCGGAGGCGUCGACGUUAAAGUGAAGGAAUCAGCUGAGGAGGAGGAGGAAGAGGAGAAGCGAGUGGCGGUGAAGAACGAACCGCCAAGCUCCCCGGAGCCCCUGGACGAGGCUGGCGACGUGACCCCCCGGGUUGGGGGGGGCGACCGGUCAAGGCGGCGCCCGGACAAGAGGGAGCAGAGCCCGGAGAGCAGCGAGCGCAGCUUCUCCCACCUCAGGGGCGGCGCCGACCCGUCGGGCGCAGGUGGGGCUGGGGGAGGACCAUCCGCUCAUCCUGCUGACCACGAAGACCAGGGAGGAAAGCAGGACUUCAGCAUCUCCAGCUUCCUGUGUUCCAGGGACGUCGACAUUCUGGGGCUACAGACUCGCUUCGGGGGGCACAGCGGCGGUCUCCUCACCAUGACGGCUGCAGACUGGCAGCCGGACGGGGAGGGGGGGCCGUUCCUUCUGGCCCCGGAGUCGGCCACCGGCGCCGCGCCCUUCUCCGCACUACGCUCCAGCUCUGCCCAUCCCCAGCAGCGCUUCUUCUCCAGAGAGGUCCGCUCUGAUGCUUUCUUCCCACAGCCCCCCCAGGAGGCGCUGGGCUACCGGUGGGCGGGGCCUGAGCAAUUUGCACCGCAUUUCCAGCUCUUGGGCGUGGGCUCGCGCUCAUCGUUGCGUUCCUCCCGCCAGGAUUUGGGCGGCGCCCGCACGGCCCUCCCAAGUUACCGCAGGAUCGCGCCCAAGGUGACCCCCGGCGCGAAACAGCCCUCCUUCUCACCCGCCGCGCCGACCGCGCCGCCCCAGCUGACCAGAGCGUCUGCGGACGUCCUGUCCAAGUGCAAGAAGGCGCUGUCGGAGCACAACGUGCUCGUGGUGGCGGGGGCGCGCAAGUACGCCUGCAAGAUCUGCUGCAAGACCUUCCUGACGCUGACGGACUGCAAGAAGCACAUCCGCGUGCACACGGGCGAGAAGCCCUACGCCUGCCUCAAGUGCGGCAAGCGCUUCAGCCAGUCCAGCCACCUGUACAAGCACUCCAAGACCACCUGCCUGCGCUGGCAGGGUAACGACCUCCCCGGCUCCUUGCUCUGAUUCGCCGUCACAGACCCCCCGCGACCCCCCGCACCCGGAGCACUUGGCUUUUUCCUUUAUGCGUAUUUCUUCCCGUUCGGGCAGCAGGUGGCGUAGUGGUUAGAGCCAAAGCCACUUGAAGGGGCCUGGUUCCAAUCCCACCUGCUGCUGUAGUACCCCUGAGCAAGGUACUUCCCCUGAACUGACAUGGUAAGGAUUACCCCGCUAUAUAAAUGGCUAAAUCAUCGUAAGUUGCUUCGGAGAAAAGCGUCAGCUAAACGAAUAAAGGAAAACGUAACGAUCGCAUAAUGAGGAGAAACAUACUGUACUUUCCAGCCCCUUGGAUAUAAAGCAGCACUUUGUCUCCGUGGCAUCUCAAAAUUCGUUCACAGUAUACCGUGUUUUCACCGUUUCCGUUUUCCGCUCUUAUUUGUAAGUCGCUGCCGGCGCGGAUACGAGCGAGGCGGGUUCGGAAACGCGGUGACGUCACUGGGGCGUUCGGCUUUACGCCCAGCCGCCUCCGGCGAAGUGGAAACCCGGGAGGUCGACGAGUCGCAGAUUGUAAUUUUUUUUUUGCAUGUCGAGUCUUCUGGGGCCAUUAUACACACACACACACAUUUUC